AUGAUGAGUGCGAAGCAGAAGGAAUAUGUUUUACUUAAAAGAAGCUUAAUAUUAGGUGUUAAAGUACUGAUAGAGGAGUUAAUUGACAUUGUUCAGAGUGAAUUAACAACAAAUCCCAAGAAAAGAAUUUGGGUUAGAAAAUGGCUGGCAAGGAGAAGCACGCAUGGUGCAUCUAACAUGCUUUUAAAGGAACUUGCCAUCGAAGACGUUCAAGAAUACAGAAACUGUAUGAGAAUGUCUCCUGCUUCCUUUGACGUUCUUCUGAAAAAAAUAUCGCCAGCUAUACAGCGAUCUGACACCACAAUGAGAAUGGCUUUACCUGCCAGAACAAAAUUAGAAAUUACUCUGUCAUAUUUAGCUACUGGAAAUAGUUACCGAAAUUUGCAGCAGCAAUUCCGUGUUUCCCGGCCUGCAAUUUCCAAGUUUAUUCCAGAAGUAUGCGAUGCCAUAUACGAUGCAUUGGAGGAUUUUAUACAGGUACCAAAAAGUAACAAAGAAUGGAAAGCUAUCGAAAGUGAUUUCAACCAUAGAUGGAAUUUUCCAGGAUGUUAUGGUGCCAUUGAUGGAAAACACAUACUUAUUCGAGCUCCUGAGAAUUGUGGCAGUAACUUUUUCAACUAUAAGGGACAAAACAGUAUUAUUUUGAUGGCAAUUGUAGACGGAAAUUACAAUUUUAUAUACAUUGAUGUUGGCUACAAUGGAAGAGCCUCAGAUGGAGGAGUUUUUGCGCAGUGUUCUAUUUUUGCUGCUUUAGAAAACAAUAUAUUACCGGAUGGUGGAUUUCUUGUUGGAGACGACGCUUUUCCGUUAAAGCAUUAUUUACUUAAACCAUAUUCAAAGAAUGCACUUACUGUUGAUGAAAAAAUCUUCAAUUAUAGAUUGUCUCGUGCAAGAAGAAUUGUGGAAAAUGGUUUUGGUAUUUUAGUGUCUAGAUUUCGAGUUUUUGAGAAACCCAUAACUUGUGGACUAUCAUCAGUGGAUAAAAUAGUCAGAACAUGUUGUGCCCUACAUAACUGGCUUAGAUGCACUACUGUAAAUGAAUAUUUGCCAAAGGGAUCCGUUGACGAAGAAGAUAUCGAUCAAGGUAGAAUUAUUCUUGGAAGUUGGAGGUUAGAAGUAGCUGGUUUGCCAUCAGUUUCACGUAUAGGAAGUAAUCAUUCUUCACAAUUUGCAAGAAAUUUAAGGGAUAAAUAUAAACACUAUUUUAUGACUACGUUUCAUGGCAGGAACGAAUGAUUUUUUAAUUUCAUUUUAAUAUAUUUUGUAUUCAAUUACUAAUAUAGGUACAUAUAAUAAAAAAUAUAUAGUAGCUUCUUACUUACCAAAUUACUGCAUG